GUCAUAUCGAAACAAUAGUUACGAUGUGGUUACGAUUAUUUCGCGAAAAAAAUCAGUGAGUGAAUUAUCGUGACUCGGAGUGUACAUGUAUCGACACUGUUACCUAAUUUAAUAGUAUAAUUUGAUUAUUUGACGGUUCUCUGAGCAAUACUGAAUUAAAGUUAACUGAGGAAACAGCGGGUUGUUAUGGCAUUUUAGUUUUAUCCAGGUUCACACUUUCACAGCACGACAAUGAUGGUUCCUACGAUCUCGCACAUAGCUUGCCUAAGCUUGUUCCUCCUGCACCUGGAGUCAUGGACGCACGCGGAGCUGUUCACCGCCAUCGCAGAGAUGGAGCCACUGCUGCAGACGCACAAGAGGAUCAUUGACGACUUGGACCAUUAUAUUCUGAAGGAAGAGGAGAGAAUAGCGGUAUUGAAACGGCACUUGGACUUGUACAAGCUCGAACAUGAGAAGGCCAUGGAUGACAUUCCUAACUAUUUGGGAAAUCCCAUCAAUGCAUUUACCUUAAUCAAAAGACUGACUACGGAAUUAGAUGAUAUAGAAGAUAGUAUUAAAAUUGGCACAGAAUACAUCAAAAACGUUACGAUGAACCACGCAGACGUAAAGUACCCCACACUAGAGGAUUUGGCGGGCGCGGCGCAGGCCCUCACGAGAUUACAGACCACCUACCACUUGAGCGUGCACGAGCUGUCUCAGGGCGUGCUCAACGGAGUCACCUACAGUUCCUCCAUGUCGGCGGCGGAUUGCUACGAGCUCAUGCGAGCGCUGUACAAUAUGAAAGACUACGAGAACGCUCUAGCCUGGGCCAUGGAGGCGCUCAGCAAACUGAAGGAGGAGACUGUCUGGCAUUCUUUCACGGAGAUCGAACUGCUCGAGUACAUCAGCUUCUCCCAUUACCUGAAGGGAGACGUGAAGAGUGCCCUAGAAUGGACGGAGAAGCUGCUCGCCUUAGAACCUGAGCAUCCGCGGGCGCGGGGCAACGUUCCGCACUUCAAGAAAUCCAUCGCCGAGCAGGAGAAGGCCACUCGUAGAAGGCAGCGAGGGGAAACCGGGGAAGAGCCGGCAAAGCCCGAGGUGUCCGACGAAAUGAGGGACUACGCCAUCGAGAGGAAAAAGUACGAGGCGCUGUGCCGUGGCGAGAUGGAAAUCUCUAGUGAAAUUGCUAAAAGACUGAAGUGCCGUUAUCUAACGGAGAACCAUCCUUUCCUGCGCUACGCGCCGUUCAAGGUCGAACAGGUGUACAUCAGCCCAGAUGUGUUCGUGUUUCAUGACGUCAUUACCGACGAUGAGAUCCAGCGCAUCCAGGAUAUGGCCAUGCCGAGGUUCAAACGCGCCGUCGUCCACGACCCGAAGACGGGCGAGCUGGUCCCCGCGCACUACCGCAUCAGCAAGUCGGCCUGGCUGCGCGACGCCGAGGCGGGCGUCGUGGCGCGCGUGACGCGCCGCGUGCACCACAUGACCGGCCUCUCCGUCGCCUCGGCCGAGGAGCUGCAGGUCGUCAACUACGGCAUCGGCGGACACUAUGAGCCGCAUUACGACUUCGCCAGGAAAUAUGAAAACGCCUUCAACCAUUUCGAUGGCAACAGAAUUGCUACAGUGCUGUUCUACAUGUCGGAGGUGGCACAAGGCGGCGCGACAGUAUUCACGGAGCUGGGCCUGAGCGUGUUCCCAAAGAACGCGGCGCUGUUCUGGAUGAACCUGCACCCCUCCGGCGAGGGCGACAUGGCCACGCGCCACGCCGCCUGCCCCGUGCUGCGCGGCUCCAAGUGGGUGUGCAACAAGUGGCUCCACCAAGGCGGGCAAGAACUGCUCAAGCCCUGCAACCUCGACUACCAGCAAGAAGGCAUCCAGAGGAAGAUCCCUCGCGCGGUGCCCAAGUCAUCGAGGUAGGACGUUCCAACCGAUAGAUACAACAAACACAAAACGACUAAUAUAAAACAAAGGACCAUUGAUUGUAUUAGAUGUGUUGGGUGUCCUUAAGUGUAAAAGCGGCUUUGUGCAUUGGCUGGAGUCUAAGCUGAGUUGGCAACGAAUUGAAUAGGACAGACUUAAACGUUUAAAGUAAACAAGGUCGCUGUCAAAUUAGUUGGGUUUUAUGACGAAGUUGGACUUCUCUAAAUUUGAUGUACGAACUAACGAAUAGUUCUCACUAGCUGCCAAUGCUUUUACAAAUAAGGAUCAAUUAUUUAUACAUUCAUGUUACAUGUAAGAAUAAGUCCGUUUUCACAUUAUCCGACCAAUAUCGGGUGUCGGAAGGAUUUCAAUGGAAAAAAUCCAAGUUGGCGCGUAUAAUGUAUGGGAUAUCGGUCCGACAUCCGAUAUCGGAUCGGAUAAUGUGAAAACGCACUACCUGUCACAAAUUGUUUUAAACAAAACAUAUUGCUCGUUCUUCUAUGAUUAUCACAAUCGGGGAGAAUUUUUUAUACUUUAUAAUGUAGUUAUCUAAUAUUGUAUACAAUCAAUGAAUCUUUGAUAUAAAACAAAUGAACUGAUUAAAAAUCCUAGCAAUAGUUAGGUUAUUAUAGUGAACAAAAUAAAACGGGCAUGUCUAAUUAUUAGUGAUAGGUUAGUUUCAUGCAGCUUUGACGCAGCUGAUAAUGAUUGAAGUCAACAAAACAAAUAAGUGGCAUUAUUGCAGGUAGUGUAACAAUAAAUGUGAUUGUUGUGUUUAAUACUCAUGUAGUAAACAAACUACGAAGUGCCAAUAGGAUGCGUUAACAAAGUAUUUCACUGUAAUACAAACACUGUAAUGUGACGAUGGCAAGUUGACUGCCACUAUGUCUCAUUUCACCACAUUUUUAUAUAUUUCCACAUCUUUCUAGUGACAAAUGACGAGUAAAGAUUUAACCUCUGGAGGCGGCCUGCCAUUUUUGAUCAUUGAAAAUGACAUUUAAAUCAAUAGAUUCUAAUUCACAUGUAAUACUUCAUGUCUAAGCAUACGAGGGGUUAACAUAUAUUUACGUAACUAUAGAUUUUAUUACUAUUUCUCAACUAAGAAUCUCAAAUUUGACACAUUAAUAAGUUUAAUAUUAUCACUAAUGCUACUAGUUCUAGCAAUUAUGAAUUAUGGCCGGUUAUAAUUUUCUUGCCCCAAAUUUAAUUUAACCAUGACAUGACACUAAUAAAAUAUAAUAUAUCUAAUUACUUAUAGGUAGUAUAAUUAACUAUACCAGUGGCAGAGCGUCCAUACAACUCGAUUUUCAUGGUCUUGCCUAAUUUGUGAAUAUUUUUAUUGCGUAUGUUAUGCUUUCGGUCUUUUAUAAACUACAAAUGUGAGUGUGUUUAGUAAAACGUCCCACUUUGUCGGUUGCCAUUAAGGCGAGAUUUACUUGUAUCUUUAUAUGAAUAAACUGACAAAGCGGCUUUAUAGCAAUCAACAAAGUGGGACGUUUUCCCGUACACACGCACAAAUUUAAGUAUUUUACCAACUAAAUAGUGUACGUAUGUAGUUCGCGCCGCCACUGAUAUGUAAAUUAUUUAAUAAGCGAGACAGCAGCAUUUUCCAAAUAUAUUAAAGAAAUGUAAGAGGCUGUAACUGGGCAAUAUGUUAAACAUUUAUAAACAAUAGCGAUAUGUAUAUUAAUACUACCGCAGAGUUUCAGUACAAAACAAUAUAUACAUUUUUUUACAUUUCAUUCAGAAAUAUCAAUGUCGUGAAUCGUGAUAGCAUUUUAUUACGUUAGUUUUUAAGCAAUCAAGUCAAUGUUAUAAAUGUACAUGAGAUUAUGAUGCCAUACGAAAUCAUUUGCAAUGCAUUUAUUUAUCAAUGAGGAAGAGUCAACUGCAAAGUAGACCGUCCUGCUACUCUGCAGCGGACAAUACGCAUGAUAUGUUAAGGUGCAUUAGGGUAACUCCGAAUGAUAGAAAUGCUCUGGUGAUUGCGAAACCGAGUCUUGAUAUGAUGGAACUAAUGGUGAUUUUUAUGCGAC